UAGGCUGUUUCGGUUGCUGCCUUCACCCCCCCGCUGAUUUUCUAUUUCUUUAAUCUAACAGCAAGCAGCCGAGAUGGACAUUGUAAACCAGCUAGUUGCUAACGGACAAUUCAGGGUGCUGAAAGUGCCUCUGGGCUUCAUUAAAGUCCUGCAGUGGGUGUUUGCCAUCUUCGCAUUUUCCACCUGUGGGACUUACUCAGGCUCCUUUCGCAUGCGUGUGGAGUGCAAAAACAGAUCAGAGAGCAACCCAAGAAUAGAUGUCAAAUUUGAAUACCCAUUCAGGCUCAAUCAAGUCUACUAUGAUGCUCCAACCUGCAAGGGAAGUCAAACUGACCGCUUAGUCCUUUCGGGUAACUACUCUUCUUCUGCUGAGUUCUUCGUCACCAUUGGGGUUUUCGCCUUCCUGUACUCCAUGGCAGCUCUUAGCGUCUAUAUCUUUGCCUUUGAGAAGUACCGCGAAAACAACAAAGGGCCAAUGAUCGAUUUUGCUGUGACGUGUGUAUUCACCUUCAUGUGGCUCGUGAGCUCGGCGGCAUGGGCGAAGGGUUUGGCGGAUGUGAAGACAAGCACAGACCCAGCGAAGGUGGUUGAACUCAUUCCAGCCUGUGAAAAGGACCAAGGCAACUCCUGUGGUGAGGUUCAUGACCCUGUCAUGUCCGGCCUCAACACCUCUGUGGUCUUUGGCUUCUUGAAUCUGAUCUUGUGGGCAGGCAACAUCUGGUUCGUGUUUAAAGAGACAGGUAUCGUUGCUCCUUUCAUGCGUCAGCCACCUGCCCAGGAGAAGCAGCCGGCCCCUGGCACAUACGGUCAGCAGGGCUAUGCGCAGCAGGACCCAUACUCUGGCUCCCAGGGAGGGUAUCAGCCUGAUUACAGCCAGCAGGGAUACAACCAGGGUGGAGAUUAUGGCCAGGGCGGCUACAACCAGCAGGGGGCACCCACCUCUUUCUCCAACCAGAUGUAAAGACAGGCCAUUGGAAGAGGUAGAUGGAGGCUGAAAGAGGGUUAUCUUGUGAUCAAACGAGUGUGGCACCUGAACCUUACUCACACAACCACACUCUUCCUUGUCUGUGUGUUUGUGCAUAUGUCUGUGGACGAAAUUAUUGGGGGUGGGGGGUGGAUGGUCAGUUGAUACUUAGAGAAAGAUGUAGGGCAUAUGGAGAAAAGAAGGCAUUAUUCUGUGUGCUGUUCAUUAUUGUGAUGUAUGAAUUAUAAAAUAAAAAGUUAGGUAUGAUCCGAUGAACACAAAAAUACAUAAAAUAUUUAAAAAAGAUAAUAUAUAUAUAUAUUAUCUUAUAUAUCAUUGCUAUAUAAAUUUUGAAUUGAUGAUGUUUGACAAUAGUUCUGCUAAACUUUGAGAGAAUGUAUUUGUCUGUGCUGUAUAAAUAUCAAUAUGAACAAAUAUAUAGAAAUAUUUCCUAAAGAUCUGUAUGGGAUUAUUCUACUAUAGUGAGUGAUGUUUAGAGAAGUUCACUGAUGAUGAUACUAGCAAAGAAAAUGAGUUCUAAACCCAAAUGGCAAUAGUUCUCUGAGAAGUACUGGCUUGGUAAACGUUGCAUAGAUAUUCACUGAAGAAGAGUUUGAAGUUUUACCCAUAUCGUUUUUAUUCGUUUCUAUUUUUGUUUACUAAGCUUAUGACAUUUCUGAUGAAAGCAAUAGGCUAUAUGAGACCAAUCUUCAAAAUAUCCUUAAACUCUAAAAUAUCUUGCAGUAUUUUUUGUUCUCGAUUAAACUUUGGUUGAUUUUCAGACACCUUUCUGUAAUACGACAAGCACGUGUGAGUUAGCCCGGUUUGUGUAGCCCCGAAACACACUACAAUUUGUUUACUAUGCCGUUCAAGUGUGUUAGCGCUGUUUCAUGCAACUGGAGGACUAAUACUAGACAUUUUUUCUGUAGUGUGGGCACCAGACAGAGAAUUAGUCCUGUGUAUCGAGUUGGUGGUAGUUAAAUGUGCCAGUUUCAAUAUCCAGAUUCAACCCUCUUUUUUCCCCCUACUCCUCCCUCUUUUCUCCCCCUUUUUGCUCUUACACACAUACACACACUUCAAUCAGUUUGUAAUCUGAUUUUGUCCAAAAGAGUUUGAAGCACUGGCUUUGUUUUAGUGUAAUUAUACUGAAAUAUAUUUUGAAAGAUCUGUGCAAAUGUAUGUGUAUGCCAUGCAAAAUCUGCGUUCUAAUGAUUUACUUUUUUUUUUAAUGUUAUACAGCAGAUCUGUUCAACGAUAUAACAUCUGUAUAUGCACUAACUGGACUGAUUAAAGUACUAACAGAACAAUAUAAUGCAAAUGAUUUGAUCAGAGCAUCAUAUGGAUGCCAGGACCGACAGGUUUAUCUGCUUGAUUAAUCAAUAUGCAGAAGCCAAUCGUAUCUAGCAUCAUAAACAAAUCGGUUCUAAUUGACUGGAUUGCUGUAGACCAGCCUGCAUUGUCCAUUGUGAUUCAAGUAACAAGCAUGAACUUCUUAACCAACAUCAAUUUGCUCAUACAGAAAUGUAUAUGAGCAGUAUAUAUCUACACUUUCUUUGUAUGGUGUAAGCCUUGAAUUCUGGAUUGUGUAGUUGUAGUAAUUUAUAUGCAAGAAAGAUCAAUAUACACUGUCUAAAGGCUGAGGAACAGCACAGUCAUUCUCAGUCCCUCACAAUCAGUGCAUUUAUUCGGCAUUCAUUUGGUGGAUAUUUUAUGAUGAGCUGCUCUGUAGUUAUGCAUGACCAUGUGCUCAUAUGUCUAGCUUGAUUCAAUUUAUGACUGGGUCUCAUCUAAUAUUUGCACACUUUUAGUGGUCCAUGGGUGUAAGGCAAUUUGAGUAGCUUUUGAGUAGAUCUAGACAGCCUGUGAACCCACAGCCUUAACACCUCUCUCUUUCUUUUUCCUUCUUUUUUUUUUUUUUCGAUUCUUCUCUCUCUUUCUAAUCUGUCCCAUUCUUUUUCUCCCUAAUAAAUAUGCUAUUCAACUACUCUGUUGUUAGUGGUGUUUGGUACGUCUCGUGAAACUCUCGAUGCCUUUGGGUUGUGCUGUAUUUAUUGUGUAUAAUAUAUUCUUAGCGUUCAAAUGAUGUUGAUGACAGUGAAUAUGACCAUGCUGAAAAAUCACCAAAAUUAUCCAGAAAUUCUGUUGUAUUGUUCUAUGGAAUCCAUGAAGGAAAAAAUUCAAUAAAGAAUA